AUGAAGCAAACACAGUGUUCAGAUACUUCUCGGAGCCAAGAUGGCCUUAGGAUUUUCCAUUCACAAGACUCAAAACCAACAGAGGAGCAGAUCGAACAGUGGUGCCAAGAAAUGGAGAGAUACGUGAAUUUCGAUGACGAGUCCGAGCAUGAGGCAACAGAGCAGAAAGUGGGGGAUUACCAGGAAUCUCGGCUGCCUGGCGACUCUUGGUUUGCUUCGGGCACACUAAGCGGCGGCGAGAACACGAGCGGUGGGCCUGCUGCCCUGCAGCCUUUCCCCUUACUUCGGAGGAGUCCCGCGGUUGGCCGUCGUAGACGGACAGCUGCUGGUAGUACGGCAGCAAAGCGCGUUUCGGGCGGGACAGGGAGGCUAAGCCGUGAAGAAGAAGAUUCAUUGCCGUCGCAGGAGGACACGGAGAACGUCAUUCGUGACAUUCUCAACAUCCCCCGCGAUGUUGCAAUUGAAGAUGCGUGGCCCGUGGAUGUCACUCCAUGGGUUCGAUACAAAGAAAUAGACACCCUGAUGCUUGUUCUCUGCUCCUCAGAGAGUAAUAGAGCAACAGUACAGGAAAUAAUAAACUUCUUGGUAAAGAGGUAUCCGGUGCUGGCAAAUACACGGACUUCUAAUUCUGGAUGGUGUGGAACACUUCGUGGGUACCUCACCCAUCUGCCUCAAUUCAGGCGAAUUGAGCGUGAUGGGAAGAAGGGAGACUAUUGGGUCCUUGACGUGACCAAGAUCCAUGGACACAGAUUGAGUGCUAAAACCCCGUCAGAUGUUGCUGAUUGGUGUCCUGACCUCGCGACGUACACACCAAAGUUACUACAGCUUGCCGGUUAUAAAAUGUAUCCCACCUACAGCAACAUUGGUUUCACACAUACAAUGGACAUGUUUGGGGGAGCGUUUAUCUCACAGAGCUUACCAGCGCUCGUGGAUUUACAGUCCGAGAAAGUAUUUCAGGAGUGA